AUGAAUGCAUAUGCCCGUCGAUCGUCGCCGCGUCCCGCGGUUGAGAACCAGUCCUUCAGAACGUUGCUUCUAGCGAGCAUUUUUUCCAACUCGGUUCCUUGCUUCCCCCGCCCACCUCGUCUCAACGCUCAGUCGCUCAGGCGCACCCAGCAAGCACUCAUGGCACUCGAUUCAGGAAAGGCUAUGGCCCCGUCGACUACGGACAAUCAAGAGACAAUAUCCAACGCCGAUAUCAACUCCCUGAACAAAGACGUCGAGCGGAGAGGACCUCAGCAAGUCGUGUCGCUGUGGAACUACCUCCAAGCGGAGGUAGACCCGAAGCAGUCGACCGUACCACUCGCGAUGUACUGUUUCAUGACUGGUUAUGUCGACGUUGUUUCGUUCUCUGCAAUCUUCGUAUGGUGUGGUUUCCAGACGGGUAACUUCGCUCAGCUUGCUCUCGCCAUCGCACGCCUAUUCGAAGGCCCUCCAGGCUUCCGAGACACGACCUUCCACAAAGCCGAUCAACAGGCCCUCUGCUCCCUUAUCGCCUUCAACGCUGGCGCGUUCCUUGGUCGAAUCGGUGACCGUAUAGGCGCACAAAAGCGGAUAUGGCUCGUCGCUGGCACUUUCAUCCAAGCGCUCUUCACUAUGGCCUCCGCCAUCGCCUUCUGGCAGUCCGGCCAGCCGAGCAUUGCGAAUGAGAGGGAUGCACCGGCAUGGACAAACCUGCUCACUUUCGUUGGCAUCGCGUUCAUGAGUGCUAGUUUGGGUGUGCAGGGUAUUCUUGGGAAGAGGCUGAACACGCAAUUCGGAACUACCAUUGUUCUCACCACCGUCUGGGUCGAGCUUAUGUGCGAUCCGCUCCUCUUCCGGAUCCGCCAGAGCGUCAUGAGCCGCGACCAUCGUCUUAUCGCCGCUGUCGCCCUCUUCGUCGGGGCAUUCAUCGGCCGCGCCAUCCUUGGCGAGCUUGGCACCGCGGCCACCAUGGGCAUCGGUGUCGGCUUCAGGGUGUUCAUCAUGUUCUCGUGGCUGUUUGUCCCAGGCAAGCCUACUUCAUCUUCAUGA